AUGGUUCAAAUUCUUGCUGCAAAGGUUAAAAAUGUCUUGAGUGGUGACACUGUGGUUCUUGUUCCCACAAAGACCACUCAAUUCCCUGUGCCAGAAAGGACCUUGACACUUCAGUAUGUGAGAGGCGACUCGUUCGAGGCCAAAGAGUUCUUGAGGAAGUUGGUCAUUGGGAAGGAAAUCAAAUUCCAAGUACUUUUCAAGAUGCCCACCACGGGUAAGGAGUUUGGUGACAUCAAGGCGCCAAUCUUCUCUUCAUUGAUAGAAUACUUGUUGCAGCAUGGCAUGGUGAAACUCAAGGACAACAUCCGAGUGGAGGAUGAGCUGGAGGUCGAGUUUGUUGACCAAUUGAGGAAGUUGGAGCUGGAGGCUCAGAACAAGAAGAUCGGAAUCUGGGCGCCUAAGUUCCAGGAGCCUGAAAUCGUUCCCUUGUCGGAUGAGAUCAUUGAAAAAUCUCAGAAGAGGCCAUUGGACACCAUCGUGGAGAAGGUUAUCAGUGGCGAUAGAAUCAUUGGUCGCGUCAUGGUGAACAAAAAUCAACAUGUGCUGCAGCCAUUGCUUUUGGCCGGUAUCAAGACCCCAAGAACUGACGACCCUUCACCUAGCGUUGUCAAGGUGGCUCAACAGGCAAAGCAAUUUGUGGAAGAUCGCCUUUUGACUUCCAAGGAUAAUAUUAAGGUCACCAUCAUUGGUAAGAAUCAGGCGGGACUUCCCUUGGUCCUUGUUGAACAUCCAUCUGGAAACAGCAUCCAUGAAAAGCUCUUAGAAAACGGGUUCGCUGAGGUUGUCGACUGGCAGUCUACUUUGAUUGGCUCUUCGAUCAUGAGCGGCUUAAGAAAAGCUGAGCAGACUGCAAAGGCUUUGGGCAAGGGCCAGUUUGCCUCAGUCAGCGUUGGAACCUCCACUGGUGCUUCGGUGGCUUCAAAGACCGUCUCUUCCAAGACCUUGAGACCUGGUAUAACCGUUGACAAUGUGGUGAUCUCAAAGGUAAUCAAUGGUGACACAUUCAACGUUCGUUUGCCUAGUGCAGAGGAGAUCACCGUUCAAUUAGCAUCGUUGAGAUCUCCACGUCCUAAUGAUACCACGGUCACGUCCAACUCCUUACAUCAGCAGGCUCUCGUGCAAAUGGCUCGCGAGUACUCAAGGAACUUGACCAUUGGCAAGUCAGCAUCGAUGUACAUCGAUGGCCACAGACCUGCAAACAAACAAUUAGGCUUGGAUGCCAGGUUCUUGGUCUCCUUCAAGAUCAACAAUAAAGAUGUAUCGGAGCAGAUUGUAUCUCACGGUUUUGCGACAGUCAUCAAACACAACAAGCAAACAGCAGGCGAAAGAUCUAUGAAUUGGGAUAAGCUCGUAGAGCUUGAGGAUGAGCAAAAGAAAUUGGGAAAGAGAGGUGUGUUUUUCAGCGGAGGAGACAUCACCAAGAUCCUUACUAUUGGCUCUCGUGUGGUCAAUGCCUCGGAAAAUGUGCAAAAGGCAAAGACUUUUUUCAAUGGGUUCCUGAAGAAGGGACGUAUUUCUGGUUUCUACGUCGAGUUUGUGUCCGGAGUGAACCGUGUUAAGUUAUACAAUCCCAAAGAGGGCACCAAGUUGACGUUGAUUUUAGGAGGUUUGUCAAACAGCAACUCCCAGGAGGCUGGCGCUGAAGGUCUUGAGUACAUGAACAGAAAAUACUUGCAGAGAAACGUUGAGUUUGACAUCUACGACACGGACAAGAUUGGUGGCUUCAUUGGAAACUUAUACUCUAACGCACAGGCCCUUAAGCCCGUGCAAGUGGAGCUCUUGAGCAAUGGGUUGGCUCGUAUCCACGACUUGGCCGUCAACUCAAACAAGUUCGCCGGCGACCUCGAGAAAGCAGAGGAAGCUGCAAGAGUUGCCCAUAAAGGUAUCUGGAAAGACUAUGACGAAGAAAAGGCCGAGAAGGAGGCAAACGAGGCCAGCGCCAAAAUGCAACAACUUAAUCUCGAAGCCGCAAAACCCAAGUUCUUCGACAUUGAGAUCGUUGACAUUAGCAGGUCCCAGGUCCUUUCCUACCACUUGAUUGACGCCGAAAUCUCAGCCAAGUUCGCUCAGUUUAAGAAAGAUUUCAAUGACUUCCACUCGCAAAAUCCUAGCGCGAGCGCCAACUCCCCAGACUUGCCAGUCAAUUUGACCAAGGGCCCAAAGAAGAACGAACUUGUAUCUGCGAAAUUCGCCGAGAACGGCAAGUAUUACCGUGCCCGUGUGUUGAACUUUGACAAGGCUUCCAACAAGUACGAGGUGAAGCAUGUUGAUUUCGGCAACGUCGAUAAGGUUACAUUGUCUGAGAUGAGAGCAUUGCCCAAGAAGUUUGGUAUAGAUGUGAUCAAGCCAUUUGCUCACACUAUGAAGUUGCAAAACAUCACUUUGCCCCCAACGCAGCCCAAUGACUACUUGACCGAGGCCAUCUAUGUUUUGGAGGACUUGACCUUUGACAAGAAACUUGUUUUGAGUGGGCUUCCUUCCACCACUCCAGGUGUUGAGUACGACGGUAUUUUAUACGAUUCCGAGAAAUCCUUGAACCUGUCAUACACCAUCAACAAGGAGUUGGUCUCUGAGGGCUACGGUAUUGUGGAUUCGAAAGCACCAACCCACUUGAAGAGCUACGUUGAUGAGCUUGUGGUUCUCGAGAAAAAGGCCAAAAGCGAGCGUGUUGGCUGCUGGGAGCUUGGCGAUAUCACUCAGGGUGACGACUUUUUCUGA